AUGGCCACGACUACCGCAACUAUUCAUGAAGCUCCCGCAUUCGAUCCUUCUCUUCGCCAUUCUACAAGCAGAUCUUACAGCUCCAAAGAAGCUUUCAUUCCAGCUCUCACUACACAAUGUCACGCCUCCAACCUUCUUCUGCUACCAAAUGGCGACCUCCUCUGCGCGUGGUUCGGUGGAAGCAUUGAAGGCAGACCUGAUAUCUGCAUCUACAUGUCACGUCUCCCAGUGGGGCAGAAUGUCUGGACGAGCGCGGUGAAGAUGACGCAUGAUCAUACCCGCAGCGAACAAAAUCCCCUGCUCUUUUGCAAUCCCUCGAAUGGGGAAGUUCGACUUCUCUAUACCUCCCAAAAUGCCGGAAACCAAGACUCAGCAAUCGUGAAGCAGAUAACCUCCGCUGAUGGUGGGAAAAAUUGGUCGGACCCAACUGUGCUUUUCAACGAUGCAGGCACCUUCAUCCGCCAGCCUAUGAUCGUUCUUCAAGAUGGCGCAUGGGUCAUACCUAUCUUCAAAUGCCGUGCUGAACCCGGGACUCGGUGGUUAGGAAGUGAUGAUAUUUCCUGUAUCCGCGUAUCCAAAGACGAGGGCAAGACAUGGAGCGAGAGGGAAAUACCAAACAGUUACGGUUGUGUUCACAUGAACAUCCAACGGCUCAAAGACGGAACGUAUCUCGGCUUGUAUCGAAGCAGAUGGGCGGACCGCGUCUACUUGUCAACCUCGCCGGAUGGGCUAGACUGGACCGAGCCUAGACCGACUGUGCUGCCAAAUCCCAAUGCGGGUAUUUGUUUUGAUGUUCUGCCUUCCGGACGCGUUGUCCUGGUGUAUAACCAUUCAUCGAAAGAAGAUGCUCUUGGUCGACGAGACGGUCUGUACGAUGAUAUCAGCGAUGGGACUGAUACAAGAGCCAACCAGGCCACGAAGCAUGGCAAAGAAGCUUUCUGGGGCGCUCCUAGAGCUCCCUUGUGUGUUGCCUGGAGCGACGAUAAUGGAUCGACUUGGAGUCGGAAGACCUUGGAGGAGGGAGAUGGCUAUUGCCUAACAAAUGACAGCGAAAAGAAGCGCAACAGGGAGCUUUCUUAUCCUAGUAUCCUGGUAGAGGAAAACGGGGUCAUUCACAUUGCUUUCACGUUUUGGCGGCAAAGGAUCAAGUAUGUGCAACUGAGACAAGACUUUUCUGAAUAG